AUGCACCUCCAUGGGCGGCUCGGCUGCGAGCACGCGUACCCCGACGAGCUAAAGGACCUCACGCCGCUCGAGGAGAAGCUCAUCUCGCUCAACUCGUGCUACGGCUUCGUGACGAAGUAUAGCAUCCCCGGCGGCCAGAGGCAGAGCGUGCUCCCGCACCCGCUGGUCCGGGUCAUGGACGAGAUCCACGUCUCGUGGCAGGGCGCUGAGAGGCCCGGGCCGCGGGACCUAUCAGGCCUGCUGUCGGUAAGGCGGUCGGCGGUCGAGAGGGCGCUGGCCUGGCUCAAGGAGAACAACCCGCUCUACGGCGAGGUCGAGAUCGACGCGGCGGAGAUAGCCAGCUGGGGCGCCGCCGCACGGACGCAGACGGCGCAGGUGGUGCCGCCGUCGGAGCGGGCCAUGGACGACGGAGGCGCGGCCGAGAUCGAGGAAAUCCUCGCGAUGCUAAGGCAGGGCCAGGACCCCGCCGAGGGGAGCCGCGACGUCGGGCUCACGUGCGAGGACGACGACAGGGACGGCGCUAGGCCCGAAGAGGACGGGGACGUAAUCAAUGAGGUAACGUCUUCCGGCAUGUUCCCGUUAGAUGGGGCGCCAGAUGUGGCCGACGCCGAGAAGAUUCGCUUCGCCCGCGACGCGAGGGCGGCGGGCGACGGCGGCGACGGCGAGCCGUACAUACAGGUGCGACGCGGCGAGGAUUUCGCCGACUCGGCGGACGCCUCCUUCUUUGCAAAGGCCUUUCCGACCCUGUUCCCUUUGGGCGCCCAGGCGGAGCGGGUUGCAGAGGGCCUUAUGUCGACGCGGAACAUGAAGCUCCAGGCAUGGGCCGACGUCGUGCUGCGGCGUCACGGCGGCCGGCGUAGCGAGGAAGAACUUCGCAAGGGUCGAGGGCCUACUAAAGUCGUUAACGGCGCAGAGGCUCGAGGCGGCCAGGCCGAGCUCGAGGCCACAGGGACCGCGUAUAAGCGGACGCGGCUGGCCAUAUCGGACCCGAUGAGCUCGGCCGUCUUCUUCCACCGGGAGAUGACGCUCUUCUUCGAGCACUACGUCAACGUCGGGGAGGAGUCGGUGUUCGGCCACGUCGGCGCAUACUACGGGGCGGUAGAGACCAACGAGCGAGGCGCCCUCCACAUCCACGGGCUCCUCUGGCUAAGGGGCAACGCGGGCAUUGGCGACGCGCUCGCCGGCCCGGACGCGGAGGAGCAGGCGGCGUACCGGGAGCGCAUCGUCCGCUACGUAGAUAGCGUCUUCUCUGAGGAGCUAGACGCAGAAGGUUACUGUGCCAUGCAGGCAGAGCGGUCGGCCACGGCGGACAUAUCGUCGCGGCUCGACGACGUCGCGCGCUUCACGGACACCUUCGACGAGGAGGCCAACUUCUGCGCGGGCGCGACGCAGAUCCAUACGCAUAGCGCGACCUGCGCGCCGUGGAGGUUGGUGGAGAGGACGGCGCUGACGGCGGACGGGGUGCUCGAGAUCCGGCGGACGCAUAGCAUGGUGAACCGGUGGAACAGGGCGAUGGCAGUGGGGCUACGACACAACCACGACAUCUCGUUCAUCGCGACGCAGCGCAAGACCAUGGCCCUAAUCUACUAUAUUACUAACUAUGCGACGAAGGUAGAGGACCCGGUGUGGAAGCGUGUGGCCGCCGCGGCCGAGUUCCUUCCUGUGCUAGAGCCGACGGGAGAGGGCAACAGAAGUGGCGCCGACCGCGACGGGAAUAAGACGAGAACGUUCCUGCUUAAGGCGGCGAAUCGAGUCUUUACGGAGCGGCCGCUGUCGCAGGUCGAGGUGAUCGCGCACCUCCUAGGGUACCCGGCGGAGUUUAGCAGCGGCUCAGCGUGGGCGUAUAUAAACGCAAACCAGCUCUACUGGGCCGUCUUCCGCCGGUGGCGGCACCUCCGACGGGCGAGCGGCGCCGAGGCGACGGGCGACGCGCCGGACGAGACGGUCGUCGUCGAGGAGGCUGGCCUGAGGAUCCCUCUCGUCGAGGCCUACCGGCACCGGGGCGAGCUCCUGCGGGGCCUCUGCCUUUAUGACUACGCAUCGCUUGUAAGGUUAAAGCAAAACGGCAGCGGCGCCGACGGUAUGGCGGGCUGGGGUGAGGUACCCUUCGCGGAGAGCUGGGCGUCGGGGAAGGGCUGGGUGCAGGCGCUUAGGCGGCCGGGUUGCGGGGCGACUGUAUGCGUCGACGGAUACCUCAGCAAGGAGUUCAGCGAGGAAGACGACGAGUCGUGCCACCGGAGGGCGGCGGUGCAGCACCUGGCCCUAUUCGUGCCGUGGGAGUCCUUCCUCGGCGAGGAGGCAGGCGACAUUAACAACAUCUGGGCACGGGCGCGGGAGUCGCUGGCGCCGAGGGUCGCGCGGCUCGCAGACAACGUGCAGCUCCUCCGGCGGUCGGCGGAGGACGCGAAGCGCGACGCCAAGCAGUGGGCCGCCACGGCCGAGGAGGGCGGUAUGACGGCGCCGCAGGCCGACGACGAAGGCAGGGGCGGCCGAAGGGGCGAGGAGGCAUACCGCGCCGGCGGGGCGGGCGACGCGGCUCGGCUCAUCGACGUCGUCCGAACGCCGCCAGCGCGGGACAAGUCACGGCGCAUCGGCGCUCGGGUCGGCGGCCGAGCUCGCGGCGACGGUGGUGGCGGACGAGAGGGCAGGCAGGCGGGUGAACCUACCGGGCUCGGCGCUGUCGGGGCGGCACUGCCGCGGCAAGAAGAGGUGCGGGCCAUCAAGUCGCAGCAGAGGAGCGCGGCGCGGGAGCGGGAGCGGGCGAUCCAGGGCAUCCAGGGCGGCGGGGCGGCGGCGGGCGUCGGGGCCGACCGCGGCGCGGCCCUUCGCGGGGUGAUGGGGGGCUUCGGCGAGGACGACAUCGACGUAACGGCGGCCGACGGCGACGCAGACGCAGGCACGGCGGCGGGGAUGCGCGAGCUGGCGGGCCAGCUCACGCUCAACGAGAAGCAGGCCAUCGCCCUCCUAAUCGUGUGCCGGCAACUCGACCGAAUCCGGCAGGGCGACGACGCAGGCGGCGACGGUGGUGGCCAGCUCUGCCUAUUCAUCGGCGGCGAGGGCGGCACCGGCAAGUCGCGCGUCAUCGAGGCGCUCGUCGAGCUGCUCGCCCGGAGGGACCUAUCGAGCCGGGUACUGGUUACGGCGACGUCGGGGACGGCGGCAGCGCGGAUCAACGGCAUCACGCUGCACUCGGCCUGCGGCCUUACGGGCGAGCGCUUCGUCGACGGCCGGUCGCGGAUGGACUGGCAGGAGAAGGAGGUGCUGGUGAUCGACGAGGUCAGCAUGCUCGGGGCGCGGACGCUGCACGCCGCCAACGAGCAGCUCUGCCGGCUGCGGGGGUCGGCGCGGGACUUCGGCGGCAUCCCGGUAGUGAUCCUCUGCGGCGACUUCCACCAGUUCCGGCCGGUGCAGGAACGGUCGAUCCUGCUGCCGAGCGCGGCGGUGGCGUGGGACGAGGACGGGGCGUUCGCGGCCGAGCAGCGGCGGCAGCACGACAAGGCGCACGCGCUGUGGCGGCGCUUCACGACGGUCGUCAUGCUAGACGAGCAGAUGCGGGCCGCCGGCGACCCGGAGCUGCGGCGGCUGCUCGGGCGGAUCCGCCGGGGCGAGCAGGACCGGUCGGACCUAGAGCUGCUCAACUCGAGAUGCUACCGGCCGGGCAGGCGGAUCCCGUGGGAGACGGGCCUGACGGUGGUGACGCCGCUCAACCGGAACCGCUGGAACCUCAACCUAGAGGCGGCGCUCGCGUUCCGGGAGAGGCGGCGGACGGCGGCGCGCGUCUUCCUCUCCGAGCAUAAGUGGAGGGACGGCGUGCCGACGGAAGAGGAGGCGGUGCUAAUGCUAGGCCAGGGCGACGACAGCGCGACGCCGGUGCCGGCCGUCUUCCUCUUCGUGCCAGGCAUGCCGGUCGUCGUGAACCAGAACACGCACCAGGGGCUAAAGCUUGUGAACGGGGCCGGGUACACGGCGGUGGACGUCAUCCCCGACCGCGCCUUCCCGGCCACCGCGUCUCGGCGGAGCUCAUCAUGCACUUCGGCCGCCGGCGGGCAUCGUGCUGGCCUCGGAGACGACCAAGGACUUCCACUUCAUCACAGCGCAGCGGAAGCGGCCAUGGCAGCGCAACGACGUCAGCCGGAGGGGCCUGCCGUGCGCCGCGGCCUUCGCCUGCACCGACUAUAA